AUGUUUCGUUUUCUAUGUUUCGUGUGUUUUAUUUGCGGCGAAAGUCUUCAGCAAAACAUCGUAAGCGUCGGCAUUGAGAGCGCGAUCAUCAAUGGAUUGCGAGAAACGACGCGCGACGGCAACGAGUUGAACGUGUUUCGCGGCAUUCCGUUCGCAGAGCCGCCGAUCGGAGACUUGCGGUUCCGGCGACCGCUGCCGAAGAGGCGGUGGCCGCGAGAGUGGGAUGCGUUCGAAAUGAGCGCUAAUUGUGUGCAAAAUGCGAACAUAUUUGGCGUCGAGAAGAGUGUCACGAAUAAGAGCUUUUCCGAAGACUGUUUGUAUUUGAACGUCUGGUCGCCGAACAACGAGAGCCCGAAGGCUGUGAUGGUUUGGAUCCACGGCGGC